AUCUGACGUCAGCAGAUGGACCGCACCAUUCUGUCUGCCGGGGGUAAUUAUUGUAUUUCUCCGGUGCCUCGAUGCUGAAAAAUACAAGGAGUCAGUUUCAGUGAGUAUUUUGUGUAACAAAACGGAUGUGAAAGCGGGAGAAGGAAACGGUGACUUUUACCAAGGCUUAUUUUCUGUUGCUGUAUAUGUUUGAGUUGAGACCUUCCCUCCUCCCCCAUGGGUGAUCAGCUGUGAAACUGUGCUGUUCCAGAACAAAAACAUCAGAGAGAGAGAAGCACUGCAAUCCAACACACAGAGAGCAGAGAAUAAAAUCACCUUUAUACAGGUAUGGGGGGAGCAUUGUAAUACAGGUGGUAAAUCUGAUCACCCCAGGUACAUAGAUACAACAUCAGUACACAGAAAUAUACAGAGAGCCAGGCUAAAUCAGUACACAGAAAUAUACACAGAAAUAUACAGAGAGCCAGGCUAAACAUCAGUACACAGAAAUAUACAGAGAGCCAGGCUAAAUCAUCAGUACACAGCUAAACAUCAGUACACAGAAAUAUACAGAGAGCCAGGCUAAACAUCAGUACACAGAAAUAUACAGAGAGCCAGGCUAAACAUCAGUACACAGAAAUAUACAGAGCCAGGCUAAACAUCAGUACACAGAAAUAUACAGAGAGAAAUAUACUGAGAGCCAGGCUAAACAUCAGUACACAGAAAUAUACAGAGAGCCAGGCUAAACAUCAGUACACAGAAAUAUACAGAGAGCCAGGCUAAACAUCAGUACACAGAAAUAUACAGAGAGCCAGGCUAAACAUCAGUACACAGAAAUAUACAGAGAGCCAGGCUAAACAUCAGUACACAGAAAUAUACAGAGAGCCAGGCUAAACAUCAGUACACAGAAAUAUACAGACAGCCAGGCUAAACAUCAGUACACAGAAAUAUACUGAGAGCCAGGCUAAACAUCAGUACACAGAAAUAUACAGACAGCCAGACUAAACAUCAGUACACAGAAAUAUACAGAGAGCCAGGCUAAACAUCAGUACACAGAAAUAUACAGACAGCCAGACUAAACUAAACAUCAAGACUAAACAUCAGUACAGAGAAAUAUACAGACAGCCAGACUAAACAUCAGUACACAGAAAUAUACAGUGAGGCUAAACAUCAGUACACAGAAAUAUACAGACAGCCAGACUAAACAUCAGUACACAGAAAUAUACAGACAGCCAGACUAAACAUCAGUACACAGAAAUAUACAGACAGCCAGGCUAAACAUCAGUACACAGAAAUAUACAGAGCAAGACUAAACAUCAGUACACAGAAAUAUACAGACAGCCAGGCUAAACAUCAGUACACAGAAAUAUACAGAGAGCAAGACUAAACAUCAGUACACAGAAAUAUACAGAGAGCAAGACUAAACAUCAGUACACAGAAAUAUACAGAGAGCAAGACUAAACAUCAGUACACAGAAAUAUACAGACAGCCAGGGUACAGAAAUAUACAGACAGCAAGACUAAAAAUCAAUGCAUGAACAGGGAGAGUAGUUACAGAGAUAAAUGCUAAAUAUACAGAUAACAGGGAAAAACAUCAAACAGAAAUAUGCAUAGAGAUGGGGUAAAUAUCACAAAGAAAUAUGCAGAGAGCUGAGGUAAAUAUCACACAGAAAUAUGCAGAGAGCUGGGUAAAUAGUGCACAGAAAUAUACAGAGUGAUAAACAUCACUACACAGAAAUCUACAGAAAGCAGGGGUACAUAUCACUACACAGAAAAUGAAAGAGAUGGGGUAAAUGUCACUACAUAAAAAAUAGAGGGAGCUAGGGUAAAUAUCAGUAUACAGACAUCUAAAAAAGAAAAGCUAAAUAUCAACAGGUAAACAAAGAGAAGAGCUAAACAGCAACAUGCAUACAUAAACAAAGAACUGGGCAAAACAUCACACAGUUCUACUCCGAGAUCACUUGGCUAAUACUAUUAUUAUUAUUAUUGCCAUUUAUAUAGCGCCAACAGAUUCCGUAGUGCUUUACAAUGUUAUGAGAGGGGAUUUAACUAUAAAUAGGACAAUUACAAAAAACUUACAUACACGAUAGGUUGGAAAGGACCCUGCUCAAACGAGCUUACAGUCUAUAGGAGGUGGGGUGUAAAAUACAAUAGGACAGGAAAUAUCAAAUAGGGUGGGAGUAAAGCAGAGCUGGAGGAGAGAAUAGAGUGCUGCACUUUAGGAGAGCGCAAGAGACAGGUAUGUGAGGUAGAGGUUACUCUGGGAGGCCAUAAGCUUUCCUAAAGAGAUGGGUUUUAAGGCACUUCUUAAAAGAUGCAAGACUAGGGGAGAGUCUGAUGGCGGUAGGCAGGUUAUUCAAUAGGAAGGGAGCCGCCCGCAAGAAGUCCUGCAAGCGUGAGUUGGCCAUUUGGGUGCGAACAACGGACAGAAGGUGGUCAGGGGCAGAGCGGAGAGACCGAGAAAGGACAUACACUAGUACCCUGUGUUAAAUUCAAGGUCACUGUACUUAGUUUAGUUAUCACUAUGUAAUAAAACACUAACCGAUUCCAAGUAGAGAGCUAAAACAGAUAUAUAACAUAAAUGUGUGGUUCAGUAUCCUUUGAUUUCGGUAUCUGUUCAUAACUGGAGAUAGAACAACAUGAGAUUUAACCCCUUAAGGACCAAACUUCUGGAAUAAAAGGGAAUCAUGACAUGUCACACGUCAUGUGUCCUUAAGGGGUUAAAAAAAAACAUCUUGGACAGCCCUAUACACUGAAUCUAAAUUCUGUAUUGCAGUCGUUAUCUGUAUUAGAUUAACACCAGGAUCAGAACUUUUAAUUAUAUGCACACGGUUUGAACUGCAAGCAAAACCGCUGGAUCCUGCACUCUAAACCUCUUUCCCAGCGCUUUUCAUCUGGUCUGACCAAUCGACAGGAAAGGUAAGAGAAAACCUGUUCCUUGUUUCUAAAAACCAAGUUUUUGCAUCUCAGAAAGAAUAAUUUAAUCUCUCUGAGAAUGUUUGUUUUUUUCCAUCCUGCAGCAUUUAUACUCGGUAUGCAUUCUAACAGCUAAUGCCUUAGAAAUAAAUGUCAGCAUAUUUAAAAAGAGAAAUAUAGAGCAUGGCUAUGUUUUGAUUAUGCUCUAGAAAAUUAUUUAGUGCACCAUUCUGCAUAAUGUCUUAAUCCUGUAUCCAUGUUGCAGAUGAGCAGUGUUCCCUGUUUUAUUUUAGUUUUCAGACCCGAUGUCUGUAAAUAUCAUGUUCUCAAUGCAGGGUGACACCUUGCCUUGUAUGGUCUGGAUUAAUUGGCCAGCCCUCAUUAUUCAAUGACCUUGGCUCCCAGCUGGUCUCUAUGUCCUAUCAACUUACAUAGGAUAGACAGCACGGAAGCCUCACGCUUUCUGUAAAAGACUUAACCGAUAUGUUUAUCUGGUUUGCAGUGCAGGAAUUUGUGAGAAUAGUUCGACCCUCUAAUUUGUGCAUUCUAUUAGAUUAUUAACUAAAAAUUACUUUGUUUUUCUGAUAAAGUUGGAGACUAGGGGGCAGAUGUAGCAAGACAUGCAUGUGCCAUUUUGGGUAUAAAGUGCUAAAUGUAAAGAUGUAUGUUAUUAUUUUCUAUGGUGAUGUCACCAUAUUUAGCAAACAGUACCUGCAUUGCCAUGAUAAAUCUAUUAAGACAAAAACUUGUUAGGCUUAGACAGGUACUCUGAUGGAGCAGAGUCCUAAAUAAGAAGCAAUCACCAUGGAAACCAAUAGAAUAUUUAUAGACAUUUUAACACUUUUCCAGAAUAGCAUCAUUUUGUCUUGAUAACACUGCAUUUUCAAAUCUCUUCAUAUAUACUGACAGAUCAGUGCAUUUUAACGUUUUCUAAAUAAAAGACAAACUUUUCUCCCCCUUAAUUUUAACUGAUUCUUUCUUCUGCUAGCACUGUCAGAUACACUAUUUAGAAGACAGUGGGCCUAGAUGUUUUCGUAGCUGCUGUAAACCCCACCUUUUUUGAGAGGACUAGGGUUUCACAUCAUGUCAAACGGAUCAUGGUGCAGCCAAUAGAAACUUUUAGAUUUCCAUAGCUAUUAAAAGCAGCCAGCGCUGGGGAGAACAAAAGAUUUCAUUUCAGUUGUAGAUUUGUAGCACAGCUGCCUUCAGAUGUGGAGAAACAGAAGCGCUUUAUAAAAUAAUGCAUGAGAUCAAGUUAUGGAACAUUGAUCUGAGCAUAGUUGCAGUAAGGUAUCAGAUUGACAGCAUCAUCAACUAGCUUGAAAUUAGUACAUUUUUCCAUCAACAGUUUUCAUUAGAUUUGCAAUUCUAAUAUAUAUAUAUAUAUAUAUAUACAUUUAUGACUCACACAUUUGCCAGUUUUAUAGUGUACCAAGUAGCAUUGUAUUCAAAUGCAUGUCUGUUUGUUCUCCUAUUUCGAUUUACCAUGUACAAAUGCCAUGAAAUGUUAAUGAAAAAAGUUGCCAUGUACCACGUACAAGUCAAAUCCUGCGAGAGGGAAAUCAAUUAAUAAGGAAAGGGUUCCAAAAUAUCUGCCUUGAUUCCCAUCCUGCAGCAAAUAAACACUACUAUAUAGGGCAUCACUUUGUCAUAUUAAGAAGCUGGUGUCAAUAAAGCACAUGCAAAACAAAUAGGCACUUGUUCAGUAUGUCAUUAUUUUUUAUGUAACGCCAAAAUAGUCAACCUGAUAUAGCCGAGUUGGAGCAUUGUUGUUCCAAUUUGGCUAUUUUGGCCUAAUCUUUAAUUAUCUGUAAUUUCAGGUAUAGUGAAGAAGUGCCACUUGAGUGUUGUCUGACCUCAAAUCAACCAGGUUGCCAAGGAAUCUUCUUGGCACACCAUUAUCAUUACAUAUAUGUAAUGGUAUAAUUCAUUGAUGCAUUGUUUUUUUGUUUGUUUUUUUUAAAGCGUAUCUGUCACUGUCUGGGCACUCUGCACAAUUUGCAAAGACUCCCAAUGGUGACAUCGACCCUGGGGGUUUGUUGGCCAGAGAUAGGGGCAGUCAAAGGGUGAGUUUUCUUACCUGAACCUUUCCCUUGCGCUCGCCGCCAUCAUCUUCUGUCUGCUCCUGGCACUUCAGCUGCUAGGAGCUGGGAUGUCUAAACAGCAUUAUAAGUCCCUGGGCAAAGCACUGUACUGGGGCCGUGCCUACACAACCACUCACAAGAAUGAAUAUGUAAAUUAUCAAAAAUUUAAGCUUAUAUUUAUUGGUAUCUCAAACAAAAUCAGUGUUCAAUCAUGUUAAAAAAACAUGCUGUACAGCAGAGAUUAAUCCACGCAAACAUUUAGUAGUUAGCAGGGGGAGACAAUUCACGUGGACUUUUAAAAAUAUUAGAAGAACUUUAUUAUAGCUUUGCUGUUUCAGCUAAUUAUAUGUAUUGAUUUUGUCUGGCUUACGUACAAUUAGUAUGUGUGUAUUGUUUUCAUCAAGGACAAGAUACACAACAGCAAGAUCAAAACAUUUUAAUAAAGAGGGUUUGAAGGUUCUAAAUAUGUCUACCUGAAUAAUAUACAGAAAAGUUGACAUGCUUUUGGGGCCCCUAUCAUUGUGGGGCCCCCGGGCAAUUGCCAAGCUUGCCCUUGCAUUAAGCCACAGCGCUGGCCAGGAGCCUUUGUUCCUGCUGUACGCUCGUGCAUGCGAGAGAACACAAUGUUGACAUCUGUGGAAGAUCCUACGAGAACAAGGGAUCCACCAAAGAAAGAGCUAAUUUCCCUGUACCCAAAACUGAUGACAGCUGGGGGAAAUGACAAUCUUGGCGGAGGCUCCUCUCCGCCCAGUGUCAAGCUUUGUCAAGUGGAGGAGAAAUACUGAGACAAAGUAAUCCGUAUUUUCCUCAACCAGAGAAUUUCAUAAAGAUUGUGUCCUUAUGAAAUACUCCUUUUGGAGUGCGUGUGACAAUGCUGCUGUAAAUAGAGAAUAGCUUGUCUAUUUACAGGAAUGUGUUCACUAAACAGGCACAAAAUAAUUAUAUUUAUAUUUUAUUGUAGGCCAAAAUAUCCACAGCUGAAAAGUAUCUCCAGUUAGGCUAAUGCAAAAAGUAGGAGAAAAAAGUGCUAGUUUGAAAAGUUCACAGCUUGUGUAUUUUUGGUAGAUGGAUAUUCAACUUACUAUAAUUUUGUGUUUAAUUAAACAAAUGGCUGUAUUAUCUGCAUUAUUGCAAUUUAUGGCAUUAUGUGAUUAUAUGUUAAAUGUGAGUAUUUUUAAUGGAAUUGCGCUCAAAUUAAAGCUCAUGUUUGUUAAUUUGCAGAGUUUGGGGAAAAAAUGCCAUUCGGUAAUGAUAAAAGCAGCGGUAGCGAUGGUCAACUGAGUGAUUCUGACUCAUCACGCCUGUCGGAAAGCAUGAGCGACUCUCCAAGAGAUAGCUUUACCAGUGAUUCUUCAAGCAAGCAUGCGUCCCCAGUCUGUUAGUCUGAUUUGGCUUUCAUUUCAAAUCAUGUCUAUCUUGAUAAUUGCGAUUCCAGAUCGAGUCAUAUUGUUAUGGCAUCUUCAUAUGUGUUCAGUAGUGCUAAUUAUACACAGCAAUGGAAUGUGCAGAUGCUUAAUUAGCAUUCCAGUAUUAUGAUUGCACGUGUAGGAAAGUCUUCUGGGAUCGCACAAAAGACUGGUCACAAACUUGUAGUAGCUUCAGGAAAUGCCUCUUUAAUAUAUAUGUUGAAACUCGCAGUAUAGUAACAUGAAUCAAAUGUUUUGCAAUGCAUAGCUAUCUAAUGAUGGGAAGCACUAAUUUAAAGGCACCCAAUAAUCUCACUCCAGUUUUUCUCAAACCAUAUUUUAGCAGCUUAGCCAAGCGAUCAUUGCUAUCAAAAUAUGAAUGAUCUGUGCAUCAGCAGCAGAAGGGCUUAGCUUUGGGUUCCAGGAGAGCCCAGUUUUGUUUUGUUUUUUAUCAUACUGCUUCAUACAGUUUGACAGAGACUCAAGGGACAGCACUCUAAAACAAUUGCACAAUUACCACUGCAGUACACUGUAAUGGUUACACUGCUUGAGGUGCCCAUUUUAACAAUAUUUUUCAACUGUACUGGGUUUGGUGGGACAGUCUCAAAUUUGUGAUCCUGUCCAGCCUUCUCAGGUUUGCUCUCUGGCGUCCUGCAUCAGGUGACGCAAGACAGCAAGUCCUCAUAAGGUAUAGCUAUAGUACAUCAUUGUACAUACGUCAAUGGGCUCGGUGGGUGUGACCAACUCGUGUCCAGUCAUCCUGGCACGCAUUCACGUAAGGCUGAUAUACCUCCUUUUUCAGUUGCAUCACUCUCAUCAUCCCAGUUCCAUACUUAUUGGGAGGAAUGAUUUCUAACUAGUAAUGCUAGACUAAUUGUAUUAGACAUGUUGAAAUUUGAAUUACUAGCUUAAAGUAAAAUCAAAAAUCACUUUGUAUAUGAAGGAUACAUUUGAAAACCCACAUUAAAAAAUGUAAAGUCCUAUCAUACUAGCCAGACCUUAAAUGUUACUCACCACUACAAGCUAUAUUUUAUCCCCCGAGAACGAAUUUCCUUUUUUAUUUUUGUAAUGCAGCGACAAAAGCACAGACACGUAUAGACAUGUGACCUUGAAACAAAGGAGGGGUAUCUGAGAAAAGAUAAUGUAAAUAUCAGCAUAUCUGCACAAUUUUGUAAAUUAUACAAAUAUUAAUAAAGCUUAACCACAUAAGAAGGAAAAAAAACACAAUAGCUUGUCUCAGAUAUAGUUCUCCUUUUAGCUGUAAACCACCAAGUUAGACUAGCCUAAAAAGAAGCAAGUGAAACAUACACAGUAGUAAGAUGGCCAGGCAAGAAAGUUUAAUAUCAUCGGACCCUCCAAGCUUGUAAAGCUGCUGUAAUAAAAAAUAAAGGUAAGUAUCUUAGCAGCAAAGUAAAAGCUGAAAUGGCAGAAAGUCUCAGGAGCUGCUCUGUAAUGCAACCAGUCAGCAUGGCAGUGAGCCCCCGCUCCCAGGAGGAGGAGUGAAUUUCUACUUGCUAGUGACAAGUGUAAAUUUUGAGCCCUGCCUAUAGCGUUUGCAACAUACUUGUAUAUAAUUGUGUGUCCUUUUUAAUUUGGUUAGUUUUGACCAACCUCUAUCCUCUUGUCUACUGCAGCAAGUCCUCCGAAAGCAGUGACCUUUGAUGAAGUCAUGGCGACCACAAGAAACAUGUCUAAUUUAAUGCUGGCCCAUGAAAUUGUAACAAAUGAAAAUUUCCAUUUGGAUACCAUCGAUCCUCCAAAAAACAGGUAUGUUUUGCAGUUUGGCAAUUUUCUCUUUAAAUUCUUUAUUUUGUUGUGCACGAAAAAUACAAAGACGCAAAGCAAUGCCACAACAGCUAUUGACAGUUUUUAGGUUAACAUUUAAAGACAAUUGUUUGGCAUAUGUGAACAUUGCACAUUUUAUGUUAUAAAGUAGUUUCAACAAUGGUUAAACCAACACGUCAGUUGUAAGGUGAGUUAGACUAGGUACUGAUUCAGGUUAACAGACUGACUUAUACCAUAACAUUGCUAACAAAUAUCAAGAACAUGCUAAGUGUUCUAUGCUUUUUAGCUAAUAAAAGGAAAAAUAUAACAUGCUAGUAAGAUAUAACUGGCUAUUACUGCACAAUGUUAAAUUAGUGAAACAUGCUUAUGCAGGGUAUGUCAGUGGAUUCUCGGCUUAAAACUGGGUACAUAUCCUGACAAUUUAGUUUCGAAAGACAUAUGAACUUGCUAGGUAGAUUCAGUGAAAAUUGAAAGCAAAUGGAUUCAAAGCAAAAGUCCCUGUUGCCAAGAGUGUCGGUGGGAGACCUGCUGGGACCGGAAGGACACCCGCCAGUCCAGGGGGUGGGGAUGGAGUUCAGAUGUCCGCUCCAAGUGUCAGGAUGUGGCGUCUGGAAAGUGUCCAUCCCUCCGACACCUGACAGGCUUGAAGGCCGCAGCAAGUGAGGGGAGUGUAGUCCGGUUUAGGAAAGUGCUGAGUCCGGUGCUAACUGAGUCACCAGAUUCCCCACUAUGCAAUGAGUAACUUCUCGGAGCUGAAAACUUUAGUUUGGUAGAAACAUAGCUUAUUUAGCAGGUGUUACUCAGGAGCUCUGCUUGCCAUCUCUUUAAUGGACAUGUUUUACCUCUGGGCUUAUGAGACAAGUGCAUGUUUGAAAAAUUAAUAGUGCAGUCCAGUCUAGCACUUUUCUAACAAAGAACUCUGACUCGUUGAUCUCCUAUCUUCAUAACUGAAGACAAAUUAAGUUUAGGUUUAAAUCCACAGCAUUUCAUCCUAUAACUCUUAUUAGCAUCCAUUUUAUUUCAACAUUGAUACUUGUCGAAAGUAUAUAGUGUUCUGUAAUUGGAGGGGAGGCAAUUUAAAUUUUGUAAAAACCCCAAAAAGUUACCUGCGGGUAAUUUUUCCUGUCCACAUUUAAGUAACUUGAGGUUUUAGUAUCACUCCAAUGGCCAUUAAAGUAUAAGCUCACCUGCCACGUCAAGGCAAACCUCCUUGGCGAGUCCUACACAAACAAUUCACCUUGCUUCUUUAAACUAUAAAGCAAAAUCUCUAAUGAGACAAGGAGGGGUAUUUUUUAGACCCCUACAUACUUAUUAACCCUUAAUAGGGAACACAUGGUGUGAGCGGCAGCACUAUAACAUGGCUGUGUAAUACAAAAGCAAAUACAAACAUGCAGAAUUAAAGGACCACUAUGGUGCCAGUAAAACCUGGCACUAAAGGGUUUUUAGGUCCCCCCACCCCCCCUCAGAGUCCCACUCCCGCUGACUGAAGGGGUUAAACACUUACCUUUCUCCAGCGCCGGCAAGAGCUGCGCGCGCAUUCAAACAGUCCAUAGGAAAGCAUUUCUCAAUGCUUUCCUAUGGACGUCCAGCGUCUUCUCACAGUGAUUUUCAAUGAAACAGCCACUAGAGACUGGAUUAACCCUAGUGUAAACAUAGCAGUUUCUCUAUGUUUACACUAGGGUUAAUCCAGCCUCUAGUGGCUGGAUUCUCUGAAACUGCUAUGUUUACAGCUGCAGGGUUAACACUAGAGGGACCUGGCACCCAGACCACUUCAUUGAGCUGAUGUGGUCUGGGGGACUAUAGUGAUCCUUUAAGUCCUGCACUCAAACAAAUUUAAGUUUUGAAAGCAAAAUCAAGAGAAACAGAUAUGAGAUGGCAAAAAUACUGAAACUCAGACUGAGAGAGAGUGUGUUUUUUUAUGUGUGUGUGUGUGUGUGUGUGUAUAUAUAUAUAUAUAUAUAUAUAUAUAUAUAUAUCUCUAUUAAAAUCUGAAAUUCCCUUGUGAUUUCUUGGCCAGUCCCAGUGUAGUGAAUAACUCUGUAAAAAAAACACACACUCGAUUCAAACCAAAAUAUUACACCGUCUGUAAGAAACCCAUUCUAUUACACAAAAUAUUUGUCCAAUUAUUUAACCCUUAGCUUGGUUUUAUCACUGUAUGAUUACAGGGAUGAUACAUAGCAUUUUAUUGUGCAACAGUUAAAAACGUGCAUUUACUGCACCUCUGACUCCUUACUCAUUUGUGAAUACCAACCUGAGCUAUUUCCUUACAUUGAAUUUGUCUGACUGGAGAUCACAUUAACCAUUGCUUUGUAACUUGCUAGGCGUUUAUAAGGCAGUAUGUCAUUUUAGCCAGAUAAACAGGUAGUACAUCAAAUCUAGGGGAGUAGAGGGAUCAGACUCUGCUGAAUGUCAGGCUUUGAAGCCCGCAAUUCUUUUUUUCUGGAAAGCAUACAAAAACCUUGUUUGAUGUAACUCGCAGACAGUCCUGCUAUUCUUGAUGGCACAAUGUUAAAAGUGGCCUUUACAGUUUCUGAACAAAAAAAAGCGACUUCUUUCUUUUUGUUUUAUACUGUAAAUGCUAAAGAUCUAGUUAAAUAAGAGAGACUUGCUUAGCCAGUUUUUUUUUUCUUUUUACAAUGAAUUAUCAAACUCUUUGUUGUAUGUGUAGAAAAUGCUCACAUGUUCAUGUUUUAAGUUAGCAAGCACUUGACUUUAGUUUUUGAUUUUGAUUUUGCUUUUGUGUAUUGAACAUUAAAUAAUGGUAUAAUUAUUUUCUCUAUGUUCGUGUAAUUCAUAGUUAUUCAAAAUGUUUUUUUGGUCUUAACUUAUUUAUUUAAAUUGAUACUUACUGAUUUUCUUUAACUCCAACAGUUUAGAAGGAAAGGUAAAGCAGAUUGUUCACAAAGCAUUUUGGGAUUGCUUGGAGUCAGAAUUGAACGAAAAUCCCCCCCAGUAUGAACACGCAAUCAAACUGUUUGAUGAAAUUAAAGAGGUGAGUUACAGGACUUCAUGAUAUAUAAUUUUUGUUCCAUCAAAAGCCUUUUUUUUUUGUUGUUGUUUUUUUGUGUUUGUUUUUUUCUUUUAAAUGAAACAUAAGCAGAAUUAAUUUCUUAUUCAAAAAUUGCGCAAAUGAGCAGACUUUUUUAAAAAAAAAUUUUAAAUCUAAGAGAUUCAUGUUUCAUAUAAAUACAUCUGAAACCAUCGGGCCGCACCUUUGAUAAGUUUCCUUGUGACACUUACAUUGUGAAAAAACGUUCAGGAAAGGUUUGUGGGAGUUGUAGUCCUCUAACAAGCAAAAGCCUAUAUCAUCACAGAACAAUUCAAAUAAACUCUAAAUCUGUUUGCUGCUGCUCAGUCUUACAAAAGAGGCAUAUUUAAAAUUUCAAAAAACCCAUCGCCUACCUGCGAGGCAGGACUCCAUGUAACCUACAGCACAAUAUUAUCUGCCGUCUUAGUUGUUGAUGAUUUUUAUCUUUACUGUUGUCACACUAUUGAUGGUAGUAAGAUGAUAGUAUUUUUUAUACUGUUAUUAAUUUUUAUUGACCUGAUGUCUUUUGUUUGUGUAACUCUUCUAGAUUUUGCUUUCCUUCCUAACACCCGGUACAAACCGGUUGCGAACCCAAAUCUGUGAAGUGUUAGAUGUGGACCUUAUAAGACAGCAAGCCGAACAUAACGCAGUGGAUAUUCCAAAGCUUGGAAGUUAUAUUAUUAAUAUAAUGUCUAAGUUAUGUGCUCCGGUCCGAGACGAAGAUAUUAGAAAGUUGAAAGCAAGCGGUGACGUUGUACAAAUGUUAAGGUUGGUAUACAGUUUUACUUAGUAUAGUAAUUGCAGAUUAUCCUACCUUAGUGCAGUGAUAAUCCUAAUUUUAGUAAUGCCAGGAGGCAAAUAUUUUCCUUUCUUUAUUGUCUUUCCAUAGCGGCAAAGAAAAACUCAACCAAUCAGAUCAACAAACACAGGUUUUUAAAAACCUCCCUACAGAAACACAAUCCUCUUUCUUUGGUGGAAUGUAGAACAUAACAAUUGACAUUGAAUUGUAACUUGAAAUGUAGGUCUUGCAAAACAUCUAUCAUAGAUGGGGCUGUUCCUGGUGAUAUUACACUGAAACAGAGCAAAAACGAUUUUGAUAGAAAUUGCACUUUAACUGUUUGCAGACAUUAACAAAAAAAACGAAGAAAAAAAACGAAAAAAAACAAAACAAUACCAUAUUAAGGCAUAUAGAAUCAAUCUGGUAAUGAUAUCACAGAUAAUACAUCAUAUCAGAAGCAUUAGCAUAACCUAUUAAUGUAGCGCUACAAACAGAACACAUUCUAUCACAGUAUACUAGCAGUACAAAAUUAAACCAAAGAUACUACCAAUGAACACCUAGGUGGGAGGGAAAAUAUUACUAGAAUUAGGAUUAUUACUGCACUAAAGCUAGGACAUUCUGCUAUUUGUCCACAUGACAGGAGGCUUUAUAUUUUGCUAUUUUAAUGCUCUAACAACGAUAAAGCACCAUGAGGUGAAGCACAAACGUAGAAUGUCCGUUUUUGUGACCAGUUGGUCAUCUGCAUAAUAUCGACCAAGGAAACUCCCGAGUGGAAAGCCUGGACAGAAUGAGCUCUGAAAGAGGGACAAAAUCCAACAUAUCCAAUGAGAAAGGGUGGCAACUGAUACUUGUUUGUGUGGUUGGACAUGAGAGAGGUGUGGUUGACCCAUUUGAGAAGAACGAGGGGUUCUAGUUACCGCAACAUAAUAUUGAAGUACCCUAACCAUGCAGACAUUAUUAUUGUCUAGAAAAAACGGAUAAAAAAGCAUCAACAAGUCUGACUUAGUAUGGUGAAAAAUAGAGAACGCGACCCUUGUUAGAGAAAAUGGCAUCAACAUCGAACGCAUGGACUUCAGACACACAACGAAAUUACAAUAGACAAAAGUGUAAAUCUGAUCAAUACUUGCUGUGAUCACCCUUUGCAUUCAAAAUAUCAAUUCUUCUAGGUACACUCAGAGACUCUAAUAUUAAAGCACAAAUCCUUUAUGUAGAAAAAUAUGAUUUCAAAUUUUACGUAUGCAUAUACUUCUAGGAAAAAGAUACACAUCCAACCAAUGUCUUGAGGGGGGAAUGAGUUUCCACCUUAAACAUUUCAUAUUUACAUGUUUAAGAGAUACUGAUUCAAAGGCAGAGCACAAGCGUAAUGGGCUAGAAGAAGCUCACAGAGAAGAAUAUAAGUUUUUAAACCAAAUAUUGCUUUAAAUUUAUACAUUUUCUUGGAAUUAAGGAAGCACCGUGUGCAAGUAAUUAUUUAUUUUAUUACAUGCUGAGCUGUUAUUGCCUGGUACAAUAAUAGAUAUGUUUCUCUGAUUCACUGUGAUAAGUGUAACAUAGAAAUGUGAGUCCAUUUUGUGUGUGGAGUUAAAAACAUCUCUGAAAAGACCCAUUAGCUGGCUUGAAGAUUUCUUAUUCUAAAAACAAUUUUAAACUGAGAUAUAUUAACAAAGUUUGUGACAAGUCACAUGCUAUCAAGGUUUGUAUUUACUUUUUUUAAGUAUAAGAUUGGCAACAGAUCCCAAAUGUUGUUGUUAGGUUUUUGUUUUUAUUUCUCUAAUUGAAUUGCAUUAUACUUUCUGCAUUUUAAAGAAAUAAAACAAUUUUCUGCAUUAUACUCUCAUUUUUUUUUUUUAACCUAAAUUGUAUUUUUAUUUGUAUUUCCAUUCCACCAGUUUUUGUCUAUUCUAUACCUAAUGUCACAGUACCUAAUGUCACCUUGUUGUUUUCUUUAAGGGAUGUUUUCCAUGUUUUGGACCUCAUGAAAAUGGAUAUGGUUAACUAUACUAUCACCAACAUAAGACCACAACUUCAGCGGCAGUUGGUAGAAUAUGAAAGAGUAAAGUUUCAGGAGAUACUUGAAAAAACACCAGGUAAUCCGAUUGUUCCAUAACUAAUGUGUUAUAAGAUGUGUUCUAGAGCUUUUCUUUUCAGAGGCAAUUCUCUUUCUGAAGUUGUGCUUUUAGUCCAAUAAUACCAAAGUCAAGUGAAAGGGAACACAUUAAGCAUAUAAUGUCUGCAGGCUGGACAAAGGACAUAUUCUGAUCUUUCCAUCUGUCCCACGCCUGAAUCCCAUGCGUUUUCCAUCUGUCCCAUGUCUCUCAGCCACCUACACAGCUUGCUGGUGAUGGAACUAUUGUAACUAUUGUACAGCCUUUGGUGGUGCGGGAGGGAACACUACUGGAUGUGAAUUGCUUAGCACUCCCUGCUGCUAGAUGGAGGGAGCACUACUGGAUGUGAAUUGCUCAGCACUCCCUGCUGCUAGAUGGAGGGAGCACUACUGGAUGUGAAUUGCUUAGCACUCCCUGGUGCUAGAUGGAGGGAGCACUACUGGAUGUGAAUUGCUCAGCACUCCCUGCUGCUAGAUGGAGGGAGCACUACUGGAUGUGAAUUGCUCAGCACUCCCUGCUGCUAGAUGGAGGGAGCACUACUGGAUGUGAAUUGCUCAGCACUCCCUGCUGCUAGAUGGAGGGAGCACUACUGGAUGUGAAUUGCUCAGCACUCCCUGCUGCUAGAUGGAGGGAGCACUACUGGAUGUGAAUUGCUCAGCACUCCCUGCUGCUAGAUGGAGGGAGCACUACUGGAUGUGAAUUGCUCAGCACUCCCUGGUGCUAGAUGGAGGGAGCACUACUGGAUGUGAAUUGCUCAGCACUCCCUGCUGCUAGAUGGAGGGAGCACUACUGGAUGUGAAUUGCUCAGCACUCCCUGCUGCUAGAUGGAGGGAGCACUACUGGAUGUGAAUUGCUCAGAACUCCCUGGUGCUAGAUGGAGGGAGCACUACUGGAUGUGAAUUGCUCAGCACUCCUUGCUGCUAGAUGGAGGGAGCACUACUGGAUGUGAAUUGCUCAGCACUCCCUGCUGCUAGAUGGAGGGAGCACUACUGGAUGUGAAUUGCUCAGCACUCCCUGCUGCUAGAUGGAGGGAGCACUACUGGAUGUGAAUUGCUCAGAACUCCCUGGUGCUAGAUGGAGGGAGCACUACUGGAUGUGAAUUGCUCAGCACUCCCUGCUGCUAGAUGGAGGGAGCACUACUGGAUGUGAAUUGCUCAGCACUCCCUGGUGCUAGAUGGAGGGAGCACUACUGGAUGUGAAUUGCUUAGCACUCCCUGGUGCUAGAUGGAGGGAGCACUACUGGAUGUGAAUUGCUCAGCACUCCCUGGUGCUAGAUGGAGGGAGCACUACUGGAUGUGAAUUGCUUAGCACUCCCUGGUGCUAGAUGGAGGGAGCACUACUGGAUGUGAAUUGCUUAGCACUCCCUGGUGCUAGAUGGAGGGAGCACUACUGGAUGUGAAUUGCUCAGCACUCCCUGGUGCUAGAUGGAGGGAGCACUACUGGAUGUGAAUUGCUCAGCACUCCCUGCUGCUAGAUGGAGGGAGCACUACUGGAUGUGAAUUGCUCAGCACUCCCUGGUGCUAGAUGUAGGGAGCACUACUGGAUGUGAAUUGCUUAGCACUCCCUGCUGCUAGAUGGAGGGAGCACUACUGGAUGUGAAUUGCUCAGCACUCCCUGGUGCUAGAUGGAGGGAGCACUACUGGAUGUGAAUUGCUCAGCACUCCCUGGUGCUAGAUGGAGGGAGCACUACUGGAUGUGAAUUGCUUAGCACUCCCUGGUAGUGGAAGGAGUUAGUUCCACUGGUUGAGAGUUGCUUACCACUACCCUGUAAUGGAGGUAGAGAUCCACACUGUGUGAGAAUUGCACAGGACACACUUGUGCCUGGAAGCAGAAGGCAAGAAUGGCUUUAAUUCUCUUAUCCUGUAGGGAUAACAGCCAACACACCCCAAUGUUAAUUUGUUUUCAGAUGAAAUUCGGAUAUUAUUUUUGUUUCGGAAUUUCAUUCGGACAAAUAAAAUUCCGAACCAUGCGCCAGCUACAUUUUGCGCUGUUAAGCAGAUAACUACCUAAAUUGGUACACUUGUGGGAUUGCUUUAUUAAAGGGUACCAAAUUAGGGAGCUGUUUAGUAGAUGGCUCCCUAAUCCUUGUGGAAUUGCCAUUAUACAAAAAAGGAGCUAUCUACUAACUGAAAUAUCAGCAUUACCAAUUGCUUCUGUAUGUAAAUGCUUAAUUUUGCUUCAAUAAAGCGAACAAAAUUAAAAAAAAUUAUUAUGUGAUGAAUUAUAAUUAAAACCUAACACAACAAUAAUUCUCUCCCUUUAGAUGCUCUCAAUCAGACAACAGAGUGGAUUAAGGAAUCUCUUAAAGAUGCUCUAGAAAAAACAUCCCAACAAACUGCUUCUGGCGCUAAUGGGGUAUCAAUGGAUAAUUUAAGUCCAACUUUGGUGCUAAACAGUGGCUACUUGAAACUUCUACAGGCGGAAUAUCACAGCGCUAUACCAGAGGUAAUUGAAAAACUGGGUGAUGGAGCCAGUGGUUGUGUGGGGUUGUCCCUUUACAAAGAUUUUGUAAAACAAACAUUUCUGUACUUCAGAUGUAUACACAGCAUUGCCUGGCAUGCAAAAAUAUAAUGAUUUCACAAUAUUGAGAUUUACUGGCCCGGAGGCGAUUCUAAGUAGGCCAUAAACUGCAACAUGUUAGCCUACUUGGAAAAUAUUAUUUUAUCCUGAAUUUUGCAGGUUUGAAAUCUAUGCAUUGCAACUAACUAGUGAGGAAGUCUUCAGAUUUUACCUAUGUGUGUAUAUAUAUUUUCAUCAUAUAUAUUUUGGAAAGUAAAAAUUGGUAAACAAAAUUUAGUUGAGUAUUUUAUUUGUAUUUAUUUUUAAUUCACUCAAGGAGCAUUCACACAAAAUAUGUAUUCCAUUUCCCUAAAUGAAACAAAAGUGACAAUUCCAAAUUUAAAACCAAAUUGGGAGCAUAGCUGACUUGGAGUAUCCACUUUGAAUUCCAAACCAUUCUCACAUUAGUGAAUAACUCUGUCAAUGUAGUAUUAAAAAGAAAUGGUCAUUUCAGUGGCAACUAAAGUUACAAGAUCACAUCUCAUUCACAUUUUUGCUUUCAUUUCACAUAUAUAUUUUUCUUUCUUCUUUUUCUUUCCAGACGCUUAUUACAGAUGACUCGCGUAUUCAGGAGUUGAAGCUGAAACUCUUGCAGGUUAAGCUUACCGCCUGCAUUUGCCUCAUUACCCAGAAUGCAAUGGGGCCUUACUGCACAAACGGAUUGACUGACACCAUAAAAGAAAUUACAAAGGUUCUUCUGCAGGGAAUGAACAGCAAGUGAGUUGCAUCUUUCAGUUUGGAAUGGGGAGGAAGACAGUUCUCUCUUUAAUGUUGUAAACAUCUCCUUGGGAUUCCUCUAUAACACUUAGCUUGACAUUGGCUCAUCCUAUCUAAUCAGGAAACUGAUCUAUAAUGAGUGUGGUAUCUUUCAUUUGUUAUCUUUGUCAGAAAGUGAUCUAUAAACUCACAGUGCACCCUUAUCACCUUAUUAUCUGGGUAACAUACUGAUCUUGGUGGCACAUUCAGUGCCUUCUCUUCUACUCCUUGGUGUCUAGGCAGGAAAACCAACCGUCUCACCCUUAGGUUAGGGAUCUGGGUUUUAUUUUUGUUAGUUUUCUGACAUUUUUUUUACUUUAGCAAUGCAUAGUUUAGCAGACAGGUUGACUCAAACAUUUCACAAGAGUAUACGCGUCAAUACAAAAUGUUAGAAAAGUAGGAAAUGUUGAUGGUACUGCACUAAGGAUCUUUUAUUUUUUUUCUACUAAGUAUACUCUGAGUAUGUUCUGUCUAUUUCUACUGAUGUGUCUGUUAUUGGUGAAUAACUGUAGGCUAGACUAUUAAAAUUCAUACAUAGUACUAGCUUAGCCCAUGAGUGUAAUGGUGGGAGCACAGUGGAACACAAUUUUUUUAAUUUUAUUUUUACGAUACAAGUGCAGCCAAGCAGUGUAAGUCAGUCACUAUUUGUGAGUUUCUAGUUAGUUGAUUAGUGAUUUCUAUCUAUUGUAGCCAGAGUUGUGCUACACACUUGUGAGCACACUGCCCAUUGACUGUCGGUGAUAAGAUCCUUUAGUUAAAAUGUUUAUCGUAAGUGCAGAGUUAGAAGAAAUGGUCUGUUGUGUAUUAUUCGUUGUGCUAAUGUGUCCAUUAUCAAUUCUGUUUUCAGGACGUUUAAUUUGAAGGAGACACUGGAUGCAUUAAGUAUUAAGGUCUGCUCAGAGAUGAAUAAAUCAUUGACGGGGAGAGAGUUAUCCCCACUCAGUACAGAGGCGCAGUCUUUCUUGGUUGGACAGAUCUGCAGCAUCACUGAAAAAGAUCAUCCCAUCUGCAACUUAAUUGGUAAUACAUUACAUACAUUUCUGUCUUUCAUAGCAUUAUUGAGCAUUCUUACAAUCCUAAUGUAUAUGUAACAAAGACAUCCUUCCCAGGGCAUAUGAAACACACACACACUGCUCAUCUUCAUUUAAAGUGACACUAUUGUGAAUAUGGAUUUAGUUUAAAUCAAGAUGUUAUUUUUGCAGUUUGGUACUUUCUGCAAAUCCCUAGAGUUCUGGCAAGACUUUGUAGUAGUUGAAGCUGUCAGACAAUCCUAGUCUUUCUCUUGUUUGUCAUGGAAGAUCUGAGAAUAUCCUGUAAAUUUAUAGUAAGUGGGGGUGUUUAUAUUUCAGUAUUUGGGAACAGUUGCACUCAUCAGGAUUUAUACAUAGAGCUCAUAGCAGCUGUAGAGUAGUUUAUCCAGGGUUUCUUCUAUAAAUAGGUUUAAAGGAACCAUGUCACAGAUGGAUGCAUUGUCCUUUUAAUUAUUCGUCCAUGUGUCAGUGUUUUCAUUAAGAGAGGCGAGAGCAAAAAAUCAAACACUUUAAUUUUCAUUGUUAUUAUAAUUUGUUUAAUGUUAAAGUGAUACUACAGUCACUAGAACUAUAGUCUGCCUGGAGACGCUGAAUUUUCCUCAUAGAGAUGCAUUGAUUCAAUGUAUCUCUAUGAGGAGGUCCUGGUUGGCUAAAACGGUGUUUGGCCUGCCCCCCUUGCCGGUUUUAGCCAAUGGAAAAGCAGUAGAUUGGCUAAAAAUCAGCUUUUUUGAUGAUGUCACCAAGGGGGCGGGGCCAAUGCCAGUGGACCCGUGGAGAGCUGGAAAUAAGGUACGUUUUAACCCAUUCUGAGGGGGCUAAGAGGGAGGCAAGCCACCUGAAUGGUGGGUUUUCAUUAUAGGGUCAGGAAUACAUGUUUGUGUUCCUGACCCUAUAGUGAUCCUUUAAGAUAUAUCCAGGACUCUUCACUAAAAUGAGAAUUCAAAGUGAAUUUGGAAUUUAACGUCAAAGUAGCUGAACUGAAAGCAUAGAUGGAUUUUCCAGUUUGGCUAUUUUAACCUUAAAUUUGAAAUUCACUUUCAAUUCUCACUUUAGUAAAUAUAUUAAAAUUUUUAAUAUCUGCAACAAUGUUAUUAUUAUUGUGAUUGUUCCUGCUUUAAGAUACAUUUCAUUUCCUACAUGCUGUAUUACCUAGAAAUGAUGGAACCAUGAAUCAAACUUGAGAGGAUAAAAACAAUCAAAACAAGCAAGAGUCUGUUGGGUAGAGCUAUGGACAUUGAUAUGUGGGAUAUCAUAGCUGUGGCAUUGAAGACAAGUCUGGGUGUUUUUUUGGUGGAGGCAGGUUUCCCUCAGAUAUUUACAAUAAAGGGAGCCCUACAAAACUGUGAAAAUCCCAUUUCAAUGAGCAAAUUGAUCUUCCUGUACCAAGUGCUGUGCAGACGAAUAGUGAAUGUAUAGAUAAGGAGUUACUGCAAUUAUUAUUAUUAUUAUUUUUUUUUUUUUUACUUAUUUCAGCCAAUCCAUGGCUGGCAGUUAUAACCGUAACCAUUCUGACCCUUCCAAUACUCCCUAUGCCUGCCCUCUAAUGCCAUGCGAGCUUAAAUGUUACACAACAUAAUACAGAUGUGACCAUUUGCAAUGCAUGAUUGGGAGUGCCCAUUAGCAGUCAAAACCACUAGCCAGGAACAACUGCUGUAAUUAAAAAUAAUUAAUCAUGUUUAUAUUUUGUAGUUACUUGGCAAUGCUAUGUAUAGAUGGAAGAAAUAACUAAUUUCUGGCACUCUUAAUUGGCAGAUUCCCUUUAAACUAUCUUUCUUGCCCUCAAACUUGCAUUCAUUGUUUAAUGAUAGAGCCCAACUAGUCAUUGUUUCCUCCUAGACCUUUUCUGAAUCAAAUGGUCCAUGGCGAUCAAAAACCCAAGCGCUGUAUAGCUUACCACAAUGUCCUUUUAUCAGUAAGGUGAAAUCAAAACCACAUACCAGAAUGUGUAAUGUGGGAAAAACUAGUUGGAGAAAUGGUAGCAUACCUAGAUGAGACUCCACUUGGAAAUAAUAAAGGUUGUAGCUCAGUAAAGGAUGUUUUAUACUGCUUGUAAAAUGUAGUAAGGCCUACCUUAAGAAUAGAUCUGGAUAGUCAGUCUGCACUGUGAUAGCAGGAAAACUAAUUACCCGCUGUCACCAUUUAUGUUCCUAUGAAUAUAUGAAGCAAGUCUAAUCCCAAAAACACAUUUAUUACAUGGAAAUUGGCUCCACUGCCCAAAUACAAAAUAAAUAAAAAAUCACUGUUUAGUAACUACACUUAAUUCACAAUGAAAUGCAUUUAAUUAUACUUUUUUUUUAUUGGGGUUAUAUCUAAAACAGCUUGUAAAACCUGCAGUUCUCCUGUCUGCUGCCUUUGCAAAUCCUCCCCUUCUAACCCCACCCAGACUUUCUGUGGGUGUCAAAUCACAGACUUACCUAUGCAGCUCAAUGAUAAGUAUUUGUAAGGCAAAUGCCUUAGGGAUCUGGAGUGUCCCUUUAAUAAUUCCUCUGUGUAAACCAGGGUGACUAAAAGGUAAAUCCCUAGAUGUUAUAGAACUACAACUCUCAUGAUGCUUUGCAUGCCUUUCCAAUGCCUUUUAGAAUGACAAAGCAUCAUGGAAGCUGUAGUUUGAAAACAUCUGGGGAUCUACCUUUUGGGCACCCCUGGUGUAAACCAUCAAUGCAUUUCCAAAUUUUAAAGCACUGUAUUGAGUUUCCAUUUAUAGAACUUAUUUUCAUUUACAGAGUAAUUUAACUACCUCUUUGCAUAGUCGACUGUCUAAUUAUUAUUAUUUUCUUUUCUUUUGUAGAAAAGCGGAUCAAUGAGUAUUUAAAUAUAUUCCUUUGUCUUCCUUAUCCAUACAAGCGUGUCCCUAAGAUUCCUGGAGGUCUCACGUCUGUUGGUCAAGAGUUGGAAUUUAUAGCAGUUCAUUACGCCAACGUUGUGAAUCUUAACAAACAAGUGUAUGGACCAUUUUAUGCUGGUAUCUUCCGGAAGCUGCUUUUUAGUGAUGUACCAGAGGCAAAGCCUGAAACCGUGUCAUAAUAAUUUUUCAUAAGUUACGAUUAAUAAAUUACUGCACAUCAUUUUGUAAAUAUAUGUAUCUUAACUGAUUGCCUAUUUGAAAAAGGCAAUAAGAGAAAUGACCUUUAUGAAUUAAAAGUUUAGCUCUACCCAGAUGAGUAGAGUUGAAUUUGUUUAAAUUGUGCCCAUAGGCACAAAGAUAUAUAGACUGAAAGACGAUGUCACUGGGUGAUGCCAUUUCUGCUUCUGGGUUUUUAUAGAAUACAGUGACUUGCUCUUGUUUUUCUGUAGAGCAUUCAGACUGGGGUAGUCAGUCUGCUGCUCUCCAGACAUUCUACAACUUCCAUAAUUGUUAAGAAGUUAAAUAUUCACGAGUUGCCAGUUCACUUAUCCCAGUUUUAGACUAUUUUGUUCUUUUAUCCCACGGAUAAUGAAUGAAGACAAUUUCACUGUAUAGUUUUUUUUAAAGCUUAAAGGGACACUCCAGGCAUCAAUACAACAUUGAUGAUUUUAAUAGGUUUUGACCACAUUAAAGGAAAACUAUAGCGUUGGGAAUACAAAAAUGUACUCCUAACACUAUAGUGUUCAGCUAAUUAAUUAUGUAUCUACGCUGGUCUCUGCACUGUUGUCCUGCGUUCUUGGCUGAGAUUAUGAGUCUUGAUGUUCUGAGCAAAUCCAGUCAUUCUCCAAGGGAAACAUUAGAAGACUAGUACGCAUGUGCAAUAAAUUGCAAGUCUGCGCCAGUCAGCGUUCCAUAGAAGCGAAUGCAUUUCUAUGUGGAGCAUGCAGCGUCUCCAUACAGAGCGUGGAGGUCCUGCAUAAAGUAUAGGACCACAUCAAGAAAGUACCUCUCGUGGCUGUCCAAGUGACAGCCACAAGAGGUGUACUUAGGAAGAAAUGUAAACUCUGCCUUUUCUCUGUAAAGGCAGCAUUUACACUGCUGACCUUUCAGGGACCGACUAUAUGCCCCAGAACCUCUACAUUAAGUUGAAGUGGUUCUGGUGACUAGUGUCCCUAUAAUAUGCUGUAUUGUUUUUGCAUGUUCAAUAUUUUUUGGUGAAUACACAAAAGGAUGAAUGUUUUGCAGCAUGGUGCUCCUGGAAGCCUACACACAACUCUACCCUAAACAGCACCGAGUGAGUUGACUUUAAUUUCAAUUGGCUGCCCACAGACGGAGAAACUACAGAUAAUGAUAUCCUUACUAUAUGUCUCCCUGGGUGUCCUCUCCUAAUGCAGGUUGCUUGUAGAUCAGAUCAUUCAGUACUGUCAGUGACUGAUCUGUCUGCAUACAUUCGAUCAGGAAGUAUUUUUCUGUAGUAAAGGUGGUGUGGCUAAAGAGGCAGGCUUCUUGCGCUGCAUUUAUUUUUUUGUGCAAAAACUAUAAAUAUUUGGGCAUGUAAAAAAUAAAUACAGCAUAUUAAUGAUCCAAAACCUAUGAAUACUUUCAAGUUUUAUCGGUGGCCAUAAAGUCCUUUUUAAUGAAGAAGUGUUUGUUUAGCAUUUUGAAAUGAGCUCACUUGAGCUCAUUCCUAUUAUAUAAAAUAUCAAAACACUUGAUUUUUUUGGCAUUAUAUGGACUUUAAAGAAUAAUGUAAAAUUAUUUUAUUGUAUUUUUUUUUUUUUUUUACAUUGUAACUAUAGUAGUAGAUGGUUAUAUCUAACUGGGCAUUUCCUAGUUUAACGUUACAAAAAGCGACAUUGUAUUCAUCUUCCAUGCAAAAAAGCAAACUGUCUGAACUUCUGCCAUCUUUCCUUUUGAUAUUAUUAGAAGACAAUAUCCACAUAUUAACGGUUUUUUGUUUUGUUAUUUUUAGCAUUGAACAUAUAUUCACAUUUCUGCAGGUUCAUGAUCUAUCCAUACUCAAUAAUCCGCUUUCUGAAACUAAAUCAGUUUUGUUUGUGUUAACUUGCAUGUGUAGCAGUUACGUGGGCUCUUUCUGUGUAUUCUUUGGGUCCAUUUUGUGUUACAGCUUUACUGAUAUUUGUGCAACACCAUAGCUAAAUAAAGUUUUUAUAUAUGGGUUCUGCUUUUUUCCCCUUAACUUUUGAGCUUUUUAUAUGUUUAAAUUUACUUUGUACCUUGCCCGCCAAUGCAAUAGCUUGUAAUUAAAUUUAAAUCAAAGAGGCCGUACAUGCAGGAUUAAUCACAUUUAAAACUUGCCUACAUUUGUGCAGCAUUUCUCUGCAGAAGCCUCAACUCACUUAAAUGUGCUCGGAAAACCAUAGGGUGAUGAAGUCGCCCUGGCGGUAGAGGUUCUCUAGAGGUACCGUAUAUGUGCUUUAUACUUACCCAUUCUGCAAUGCUAGCCCCAGUAAGAGUUUUGAUAAUUCUUUAACCAGCCUGCUCUGAAGUCCUCAUGUUUUGGUGACAAUGCAGUUUUCUCAGGAUCUUGUUAGCAAAGGUAGCUGAUAUGGUUCUGAAUUACCAACGCACCAAGUCAUCAUUUGUUUUUGCUUAUGACAGAAGAUCCUUUUAUAGACAUGUCUUAAGACCUCUUGAUGUUCAGUGAUAUCUAUAUUUACCAUCAGGAAAUAUCUGCAGGCCAUACCUUAGCUUUGUAGGAUUCUGUAUUUUAAUCAGUAUUUUAUGUUCUGCACAUCACUCACCUUUUCUAGACAAUUCCCACUGCUUCCUCAUUUUCUGUAUUGAUGGAUUUGUUUUGCUGGUGGUCUUUCAUAUGUAACGUUAUUGUUUUUUUUUAUAUUGUAUUUUAAAUCCUAAAUAGCACACAGAAAAAGUAAGUGUUAAUACUUUGUUACAUGCUUUUUAAUUCUUCUUUAUAUUUUAGGUUGAAUUCUUAUUAUCAAACUUUCAUUGCAUGUUUAAAAAAAAUUUGUGGUGCAUCCUUUAUAUGCCAGUCUUUAUUUUUUAUGGGUUUAAAUAAUUUUAACUAACCUGCACAAGUUAUUUGUUGUCAUCUACAUAUAUUUUAGCAGCAUGCGUGUGAUCUUAUCUUGUUACAUAUGUGAUGUUAUUCAGCAGAACCUUUGAAAUCCUCGUGUUUCCUUUGUGGUAAAGUCCAAGCGAGUGUAGAUUGUAAUUGCAAGCUGCCUUGGUAUCUUGAACAAUAUAGGUCACGGUCAUCUGCUAUGUCCGAGGCAGUCACUGCGAUCUUAUAUUGAUUAUAAAAAAAGUCCAGAUUGUAAGUGAGACUCGUGAGUCCAUUGACCAAUCAGGCUGGUCAUUGCUGCAAGACUGUAGUAUUAGGUCAAUGUAUAUUUUUACAUUUUAACAGCAUUUUUAUAGCUUAUCGUGUAUAACCAUCACACGGCUGUGUUUAUGAUUUGUCAGACAUACAAAUCUAUGUACUACAAAGGGUGUCCUUGAAGAAUUUCAAAAUACUUCUGGUGCUGUUGAACUUUUUUGACUGAAAAAAAAGAUGUCUGCUCUGGUACAAACCAUGUUGAAGAGAGGCACAUUUUUGUUUUUUAAUUAAAAAAAGUUUUUCAAAGAAAGGCUAUACAUUUGCUAGUUUUUGUAUGUCAACCAUCUUUACUAAUGCAAUAAAAAAUAUAUAUGUAUAUUCAA